CUGUGUCUUUUUUCUCUGUACUUCAUCUUGCAACUGUUAUCAUCUUUUAUAUUCUCUUCACUUUUUAUUAUUAUUAUUAUUAUUAUAUAGUCUUUUCGUUUCAUUUACUUAACAUGGAAGAUGCAAGAGAAACGGCUGUUUCCAAGUUGGCUGAAAUACUCAAACAUCCUGAUGAUCUCAAUACAAAAAUUGGUCCUCUCGUACGAAAAUUGACUAAAGAAAAAGCAACUAUUGAUGCCCAACUCAAUACUGGUGUUCAAACUCAACUAGAUAAUGUUCAACAAGGACUCGAAACACUUGACAUCUCCAUCCAAAGUAAUGAACGUGUGAAGGAAAAUAUGCAACGUAUCGAUGCUCUUUGUGGUGAUACUCGUCAUUUGAUUAAAGACUUUGGUCGUAUCAGUCAACUAUCUCAAUUACACAAGAACUUUGUAGCUACACAAGAAAAGGUCAAGUCUUUUCAAGUACUAUAUCAACGACUGGAUUCUCUGGAAAGUAUGUUUCGCCCUUUACAAGCUGAUAUUUUCGAACCACAAUCCGAUUUACUUCAUGUACAUUACAAUCUAUUCAAGUUGGAAGAAUUCCGUGAUCAAACCAUGCAUCAGGCGCGCGAUCCACCUCAUGACGUACUUAUUACUCUCAAAACCCAGUUUCGACGAGUAGAUGUUUUAUCAGACGAUUUUACACAACACUUAUGGCAUUUGGCUCGUAACAUGUUGGCUCUUGUGGAUGAAGGAUGUGGACCUACUAUUGUGAUUAUGGUCAAGAUUAUCGAAUGUGAAGAAAGGGCAGAUGAAAAGGCAUUGGCAGCACGACGAGCUCAAGCAAGUCAUCAAGAUCUUCAGCAACGAAAUGAAGAUUCAGUGCAACAACAAAAAUGGCGAUUGGCGGAAGGCAAUCCUCGUACCAUCAAAUCUUAUCGUGUGGAAUUCUUUGAACAAGUACAUCAAUCUAUUGUCGAACGAUUUGAACAAGAAUUGGCACCAUACAAAGAAGUAGAUGAUUGGGUGGGAACCUUGGACGCAACAGAUUUCAUCUUCAACGAUUUGGAAUUGGUGUUUGAUCAAAUAGUGCCGAAAUUCCCGAAGAAAUAUAAGAUUUUCCCUCACUUUGUGUUGGAAUACCACCGACAUACUUAUGAAAUGCUCAAUCAAAUGGUGGAUCAAGAAUUGGAUGCUGGAUCUAUCUUACGUCUUUUACGGUUUGUGCGUGAUUAUUAUGCUACCAUGAGUACUAGAUUAGGCGUGACGGAAGAACUAUUGGAACCACAGUUAUUAGAUGGACAGGAACAAUCAUUAGUAGAUGAAUAUUUGAAAUUAGUGCGUACAAAGCUGGCAGAAUGGACAUCCAAUCUCAUGUCAUCAGAAUCACGCGAUUUCGUCAAACGGGAAAAUCCUCCGGAAGAAUCAACAGAUGGGCAGUUUGGUAUGGCGGGUGCGGUGGAUAUGUUCCAGAUCAUCAAUCAGCAAAUCGAUGUGGCAGCAGAUGCGAAUCAAGGCAUGUUACUUUAUUUGGUGGUAUCUGAAUGUAGCAAGGUGAUCAAGGAUUCGCAAACAUUCUGGAAAAAGUUAUUGACGACUGAAUUACGCAAACAAUUAGAUCAACCGGAUGAAACACCUGAAGGAUUUGUGGAAUAUGUGAUGGCUCUUGCGAAUGAUCAAGUCAAAUGUGCUGAUUUUGCCGAUGGACUUUUGGCACGCAUUGUACCCAUGGUAGAAAGUAGGUACAAGGUACAGGCAGAAGAAAAACUCUCGACGGCGGUGGAAGGAUAUAUUCAUGUGGCAACAGCAGCAAGAGAGGCACUUUUGGAUGUGACGUUCAACGAUAUUCGACCAGUCUUUGAUGAUCUGUUUACAACACGAUGGUACGAACAACCGUUGAUUCCCUCAGUGAUUGAAACUCUCAAGGAUUACUGUCAUGACUUUAUGCACUUGAAUCAACAACUUUUCCAUAAACUAUUGAACGAUAUUUUGGACCGUUUCCUUAUUCUUUAUCUACAAUCGAUGCGCAAUCGCAAAGCAACAUUCAAAAUGGAGGUCUGCUUGGACAAGAUUCAAAAUGAUGUACGCAUCUCAUUUAACUUUUUCGCCAAACAUAUUCCUGUGGAAGAAUUGGAAGAUCAUUUCGACGUGAUUGAAAAAGUACAUACGCUAUUGGAAAGCAAUCGAAGGAUGAUCUUUGUGGAUUAUUACUCUUUACGCCAAGCAUACCCUGAUAUCCCUUUGGCCUUUGUAGAAGAUAUUCUUGGAAAACGUGAUGAUUUGGAUAAGUCGGCUUUGAAAGAUAUUAUGGAAGGCAUCAAGGCAAAGGCAAGAGAAUAUGAACCCCAAGCGGACACUCCUCCAACCAUCUUUAGUCGUAUCAAGUGGUAGAUUAAAUUCCUUUUAUUACUUUAUUAUAAUUAUUAUUAUUAUUAUUCAACUCAUACCCCAUUUUUUUUUUUUUU